GCUCCCUCUCAUCGCACAAGGACAACGCUCACUGGACACAAUUGGAGCUUUUCGCUGCGGAGGCGCGAUGGCCAAUUUGUCUGCAAGCCAUUUCAUACAAUAAUUUUAUCUUUACACUCGUUUACUUGCUUUGCUAGUUGCACUUUCAGGGCCAGUAGCUGUCCAUCUCGCGACAAAUUUCUCUAGCAUCAAGGACUCGACAUACAAUUGACUGUCCCAAGCAUCGAAGAUCGCAAUAGAGAUUGUUCCAAAAUGGGGAGCGCCGCUCGAUCGAACCAGCCUCGUCCAGAGCCUCAAGAGAUUUUCACGCCCAUAGUAGACCCUAAGCUCCAAGCCAAAUCAGACAAGGAGCAGGCGGCGGCCGCUAUUGAAGAGCUGAAGCGCGCCAAGACACUCCGAGCGCAGCGGGAGGUUCAGUUCAAAGCCUCGCACACUCUUUUGCUUACUUUCUUGGCCUGGAUUUUCGUCCUUCAUGCAAUUGGAUUAUAUUUCUUCACAAAGGGGUUCCUCUUGACGAGGCUGGUGCUGGAUGAUAAGUCGGAUUGUGCGGUAUUGCCAAUUGAGUCUUAUCAACAAGAGCACAGUCCGCGGUCAGCCUCAGAGGGUUGCUGGCACCCCAAAGUCUUUGACAAGGCCGUCGUCAUCAUUGUUGAUGCACUUCGAUAUGACUUUGUUGUUCCCUACCCGCCGAUUCAAGGGCAAGAUGAGCUGCGGCAUUUCCACAAUGCCCUACCACUAUUCCACGAGACCGCAACGAAUUCUCCUCAUAAUGCUUUUCUCCGACCCUUCAUUGCCGACCCACCCACGGCCACGUUACAGAGACUCAAAGGUUUAACGACUGGAACGUUGCCUACCUUCAUUGACGUUGGCUCCAACUUUGCUGGCACAGCCAUUGAAGAAGACAACCUAAUCGCACAAUUGCGAGAUGCCGGUAAAAAUGUCGUACAUCUCGGCGAUGAUACGUGGCACAAGCUUUUCCCAGACUACUUUGACCCCGCUCUAACCCGCGCGUAUGAUUCAUUCAACGUGUGGGAUCUGCAUACCGUGGACAAUGGGGUAUCCGAACAUCUCCUACCCUUGCUUGACCCCGUCAAUGCGACCAAAUGGGACGUCGUGUUUGCACAUUAUCUUGGAGUCGACCACGCUGGCCAUCGGUAUGGUCCUGAUCAUCCGGCCAUGACCGACAAGCUGCAGCAGAUGGAUACCGUGCUUCGCCGUGUUGUCGAAUUGAUUGAUGACAAGACACUUCUGGUUGUCAUGGGCGAUCAUGGCAUGGACGCUAAAGGAGACCAUGGCGGAGAGUCCGAUGAUGAAGUUGAGGCUGCCCUCUGGAUGUAUUCCAAGGCCGGUCUCUUUGGCCGCAGCGUGCCCGAACAUGUUGAGCCUCCUCGAACUGCAAAGGAGAGGCCUGUGGGGCAAAUUGAUCUCGUCCCUACGCUCGCGCUCCUCUUAGGUUUACCGAUUCCAUUCAACAAUCUUGGGUCACCCAUCGAGGAGGCCUUUAUCGGGAACCAAGGAAAGGACUGGGGAAACAUGGCUCUUGUUAAUCGAAUCGCGUCCGCUCAAAUCAAACGCUAUCAGCACCAGUACGCGCUUGCACGCGGCCUUGAUGAGUCAACUGCGACGAAACCGCUUCUCGCCUGGGGCGAGGCCGAAGAACAAUUUGAAAAGGCCAAAAAGGCCUGGAAACCAAACCUGGAGCAAUGGCAUGAAGCUUCACAGUCAUUUUCCCGUCAUCAGCAGGAAACUUUGAACAUAUGUCGCGCGCUAUGGGCUCGCUUCGACGUACCCAGCAUGAUCCACGGUAUUGCUAUCUUGGCCGCAGGGGUUAUUGCAUUGGUUAUCUAUGCACGAAGUUUCCGAGAGGACACGACUGCUCUUACGCCAGCUGUUCUGCUCCGUGUACUCGUCGGCAGUGGUUUUGGAAGUGCUGCUGGUGUUUUCUUGGGCUUCAUUGGUCGCGCUACUCUUUUAAACGCCGUGCUCUCAGGUUUCGCGGUCGGCGGCGUAAUUGGAUUUCUCCAAGCGCUUUUCGCGGCGCGAGAGUCUCUUUCCUCCCCAGUUCCAAAGUCCUUCUGGGGCUGGCUGGCGGUCGUGUUUACCGUUGCACCUUCAAUUGGCUUCGCCUCCAACUCAUACACCAUCUGGGAAGACGAGAUUAUGCUCUUUUUCCUCACGAGCUUUGGCGUACUUGCAUUCAUUUCGUCCUUGCGGCAGCGAAGCAGCCUUGAUCGAGCCCUUGGAACCUACCAUUCAGGACUGUUCAUCAUCAUUUCCCGAAUCGCCUCCUUUUCCCGUCUCUGUCGUGAGGAGCAAAUGCCAUUCUGCAAAUCCACAUACUAUGCCUCAGCAACCUCGUCGACCUCUGCGCCCUGGCAGCUCGCUAUUCCUUUUGCCGUGGCCAUCCUCUUGCCCGAUUUCAUCAAGACAUACUACAAGGGCACACGAUCGUACGAAGGCACCGCAGUGUUCUGGAUUGGAAUCGCCCUCCGUCUAGGGCUCCUCUUGUCCGCUCUAUACUGGACGCUCGACGCGGCCGACGACGGCGGCUGGCUCGACAUUGGCGCCGGGAUCAUGAAGACUGUGCGCGUCUUCAUCGCGCAGCUCGUUCUCGGCCUCGCCCUCGCGGCCGGUACCACGGCAUUUACCCUGGCCCAGCCGUGCAUCAACAUCAUCUCAGACAAAGACAACAACCCCUCCGACUCCGCCGACUCCUCCUCCCCUUCUUCCCCCUCAUCAGCGACCGUCAAAUCGUCCUCCAAACAAUCCAUCACCAUCCUCGGCUACGCCAACAUCCACGGCUCGCGCUACUACCUCCUCGUCACCAACUGGCUGCUGGCCAUUGUGCUCCUCCAGAAGCCCAUGGGCGGCGGCACCAUGGGCCUUCUCGCAUGGCAGAUCCUGUCCCUCAUGGAAAUCAUCGACACCAACGACCUGUCCUCCAGCGCCAUUGGCCCGAUCGUCCUGGGUGUUCUUGGCUCCUUUUACUUUUUCAAAACCGGCCACCAGGCCGUCCUGUCUACCAUCCAAUGGGAAUCAGCAUUCAUCCCAACUAAAACCGUCCGCUACCCCUUCUCGCCCAUCCUCGUCGUGCUCAACACCUACGGCGCCCAGAUCCUGGCCGCCAUUGCCGUCCCCCUUGUCGUCCUCUGGAAACAGUCCCCCCGCAGACAGGGGCUGCUGGGCGAUAUCACCAAAGCGGUCGCCACACAUAUUCUGUUCUACGCGGUCAUUGCCCUCGCCACCGCCGUCUGGGCGGGCUACUUGAGGAGACACCUGAUGCUGUUCCGCAUCUUUAGUCCCCGCUUCAUGAUGGCAGGUACGGUGCUGCUUGUGGUGGAUGUAGCCAUUGCCGCAAUUGCGGUCGGUGCGGUUCGCGUCAAUAUCUUGAGCGUCGCUCAGCUUUUUGGUCUGGGUGGUUAGUCAUGUCCGUUAUUUAUGUCUUUUUAUCUUUAAAUGUAUCUUUUUAUAUAUAUCAAGUGUGUCCGUUUAUUUCGAAUUUUCGUGUCUUCUAUAUCAAAUGUGUCUUUUUAUAUCUCGCUGUUAUCCUUUUAUAUAUCAACUGCACGUUUCCUUGUCGUGCGUACCGUCUCCUUUACACUUCCUCCCCUUUUCCCCUUUUAUCUCAUCUUAUUUUUGAAUACUGUUCUCCCUUUUUUCGAUAAAACCUUUCAUAGAUCUAUACCAGUACACAUGUAAAUACGUC